UAAAUAAAGGUGCCGGUCCUCUGCCGUCUUAUUGAAUGCGAAGCGGUAAAGAAACCGCCCACCGAAGAGCGCGGGGGCGGAAGCGACGAGAGCGAGAAAAGGCGAGAGCGGGAGAGCGACGAUCUCAGGAGAGAAAGAAGCGGCUAGCGAUCGCAACGGACUACCCCAUGGCUUCCCAUUUUGCUUUCAUCAAAACCUCCCAUUUCCCCUCCUCGCCCUCCCCCCGCCCCCUCGUCGGCGCUAACCACACCUCCGCCCGCUUCUGCUCCCGCUAACGCCUCACCGUCCCCACCUCAUCCGUUAGGUUUCCGGCCAGCGCUGGAUUUAGGGUUUGCAUUCGUAUGUUUUUUAUAAUCCUGAUUCUUUCUAUUCUUUUUCAUCCAUGGAAUCGGCGGCGAAAUCGAGCUCCGUGAAGAACGUUGUGGUCCGCGUGCUGCUUUUCGGCGUUUUCGUUCUCAUUGUCCGCUUCGUCUACGUUGUCACCGUCUACGGUGGGCCCUGCAACUCCGGCGACUUCUGCCUCCUCCCCUUUCCUGGCGAGGGCCUCAGCGUCACCAGCGCUGGCGGCGGCGCCUCCGCCGGCUCCGCUGCUUUUGUCCGCGUCGCCGAUGGCUCCACUGGCGCCACCCCCGCCCUCUGGACCACCCGAGAGUGGCGCAAGGCCGUGGACUACUACUCCGCCGUCUUCCAGGACCUCCUCGUGGACGGCUUUGUCUCCCCGACGGCCAAGUCCCUCUGCGUCGACACCCCCACCGGCCACGAGGUCCUCGCCCUCAAGGAGAUCGGCGUACUCGACGCCGUUGGCGUCGCCAAGAAGAAGGCCCCGCCGCUGGUGGUCGCUGGCGGCGACCUCCUCCACCUGCCGUUCCGCAACGGCACCUUCGACUUCGUCUUCGCCGGCCGGAGCCUCGACCGAUCGAAGCGGCUAGCGCAUCUCGCCUCGGAAAUCGUGCGGACGCUGAAGCCCGAUGGUUUCCUGGCCGUUCUCACCGCCUCCGCCGGCAACGCGUACAGUCUCCACUCCCUCAUCGAUCUCUUCCCCUCAUUCUGGAAGCUACGCUUCCGCAAGCUCGACGGUCCGGAUUCGUCCUCAGCCAUCCACGAGAUCGUUUUCCAGAAGCAAUUAGACGGUGACAUUCUUGCCGUCGACGGAAAGGAGGCGGAGGAUUCGAGUCCUAGCAGUUCGUGCUCCAUCCCCGAGCAUAAGCUCCGACUUCUAGAAUCUGCGGAGCCUCUGAUUAAAGAGGAGCCAUUGAAGCCAUGGAUCGCCCUGAAGAGAAACAUCAAGAACAUCAAAUACCUUCCAUCUAUGGUGGAUAUAAGCUUCAAACCGAGGUACGUGUACGUCGACGUCGGCGCCCGGAGCUACGGCUCGAGCAUCGGAAGCUGGUUCAGGAAGCAGUACCCCAAACAGAACCACACCUUCGAUAUCUAUGCCAUCGAGGCCGACCCGGCGUUCCACGACGAGUACGCCGCCAAGAAGAACGUCAAUUUGCUGCCUUUCGCUGCGUGGGUGCGCAAUGAGACCCUGGCGUUCGAGAUCAACCAUGACCCGGAGCAGCAUGAUGUCGAGAAAGAGAAAGGUGGCCGCGGGAUGGGUCGGAUUAGGCCGGUCAGCAGGCUCUCCGGAGGUGUGUCGUCCGGCGAGGUGCAUUCAAUUCAUGGCUUUGAUUUUGCUAAGUGGUUGAAGAGGACGGUGUCGGAGAGUGAUUUUGUGGUGAUGAAGAUGGACGUGGAGGGGACGGAGUUCGAUCUGGUGCCGAGGCUGUUCGAGACCGGGGCCAUCUGUUUGAUCGAUGAGCUCUUUCUGGAGUGCCACUAUAACCGUUGGCAGCGGUGCUGCCCAGGGGAGCGGACGCCGAAGUACAGGAAGACCUAUGGGGAGUGCUUGAAGCUGUUCACUUCGCUCAGGAAGAGCGGGGUUCUUGUUCAUCAGUGGUGGUGACCGGUAACCGCUUUAAAACACUCACACAGGCAUAGUUACAUAUAGUGCUCCUGUAUCAUUUGUUGUUGCUCUCCAUAGGAAUUGCUUCUUUUUUUUUUUUUUCUCCUCUCUUUUUAAUGCUUCCACAGUAAUUGAGAAAAUGUGUAGCAUUGUUUAAGCAAAUGAAGAUUUCAAUUUGUUGCAACGUUAUCAGUAUGAAUAUUCUUUCA